UGUUCACAUGGCGGCGCUGUUUCUUUUCUACAGGUCCUAUCGGCUUUCAGAGAAGAAGAGUAGAGGCGGAGGCAGUAUCUACCACGUUAGUUAUAUAGUCCGGUGGUUUAUUAGUAGUUGCUUCUUCUUCCACCGCAGAUAAGCAGCAGUUUGUCCGCGUUUUAAUCUAAAAAUGAACGGGCUAGACGACGAGGAGCCGAUGGCACCACAGACCUUUCUUUACGGUUGUGUGCUGGAAGCUGGAAAGGAGGUUGUGUUCAAUCCAGAGAAUGAUGACUUUGAGCAUCAGCUAGAUCUAAGGAUGGCCUGUGUGGACCCCAGCACAAAAGAUGAACUUCACAUGGUGGAGGUGGAAGGACAAGACACCGAGGGUCAGAUCAUCAAGGCAGCACUGGUUUCACUUAAGCCCUCUACCCUGCCGAGUGUCUGUCUCGGUGGCUUCACAAUCUCACCCCCAGCAACUUUCCGUCUGAAGGCAGGUGCUGGUCCAAUCCAUAUCAGUGGACAACACCUUGUCAUGAUGGGGGCUGAUCAGUAUUCUGACGAUGAAGAUGAUGACGAAGAGGAGGAAGACGUCAGAACAUCAAAGAAAAGACCUGCUUCGUCCCCUGCCCUCAAGUCUCAGAAAAAAAUUAAAAUGGAGGGGGAUGAUGAGGAUGAUGAUGACGAAGAUGAUGAAGAUGAGGAUGAUGAUGAAGAGGAUGAUGACGAGGAGAGCGAGGAAGAAGAGUCCCCUGUUAAGGCCAAGGCGACCCCAUCCAAACAACCAGCCCCCGCUCAGAAUGGCAAGAGUCCCAAACCAGGCACUCCAGCCACAAAGCAGGAAAAUACCCCUAAAGGAAAGGGUGGCAAGUCUCCGAAACCCCCAACAACUGCCACCACUCCUGAGAUUAAAGCCAAGAUGAUGGAGUCAGUGAAGAAGGGAAUAACAUUACCCAAAAUCCAGUCCAAGUUUGAGAACUUCAUGAUAAAUAAUCACAAAGUCUCAGAUGUCAAGGUUAUUGCGGAGCUGUGGAAAUGGAGACAGACGUUGAAGGAUGAUAAAUAAGUCCCUUUUUUCUUUUUUUUAAUUGAGCUGUUUAUACCCAUAGCACCUCUCAAUUCCUCUGAAGCCAAACUAGUGCCUCACAAGUUCCUGCUCCACCUGCCCUCCGGUACAAGGACACUCAAGAGAGUGAUGUGGAUGCCGACAGUGCACCGUGGAGUUGCUUUGUCUUUUCUCCUCCGUCACCCUUUUAUUGGGGCAGUGAAAUGAUUUGGUUUGACAGAACCCUGGGAGAGCCAGCUUACAAAUUUGCAUCUUUGUAAAUGUGUAAAUAAAAUUCUCGCUAGAUUGUUGGUACCCGG